ACUGAAAACGAAAGUAGGUCGGGUUCGCGGUUCAUUUAAAAAUUUUCCUCAUGGAAAAAAUUUGUGCAAAGAAACCCAAAACUGGGAAAACGGAAAAAGACAUUGAUAAAGAUAAUUACAUAAUUCAGCAGUUCCAAGAAUAUCAAAAGGAUCUGGACUUCCGCCAUGAUAAACAUGAACGGCUGGUGAAACUAAGUCGAGAUGUCACAAUCGAAAGCAAAAGAGUCAUUUUUCUAAUGCAGAGAAACUCAGGGACAGAUAAAAAUAACGAGAAACUGGAGCAGGCAUGGAACAAAAUUAGAGAUGUCCAAGAACAGAAGUUUUUACCAAUGGCAAAAGAGCUUGAUGGAGAGGACCCAUACCAGUUCCUGAGAGCCUACUCCGCAGGUCUGCAAGAGUACAUUGAAGCUGUAGCCUUUUACCACUACCUCAAAAGCAAGACGCUUGUCAGUUUGGACCAAGUACAGUCGGACUUGAAUUUUACAGUGCCCUCUAGUGACACAGAGAAUUCUCAGAAGACAAUUGGAGUACAUGUUCCUCCCUCGGAGUACAUUCUAGGUCUGGCUGACCUUACAGGAGAACUCAUGAGAUUUGCUAUAAAUAGUGUGGGCUCUGGUGACUUGGACACGCCCAAUGAAGUUUGUGCUUAUUUACGUAACAUGCUGGGAGGAUUUGAAUCCGUGGGUCAGGUGUCCAGGGAAAUGAACCGUAAAGUCAGCACCUUGAGACAGAGUUUAAGGAAGGUGGAGGCAGCGUGCUACACUCUGCAGAUCCGGGGGUCAGAGAUCCCUAAAGAGAUGCUGAAGGAUGUGUUCAGGUCAGCUCGUGUAGGAGAAAUAUCUUACUUAGACGAGCAGGAUAUUGAUGAUUGAGGAACUCAGAAACAGGACAGGGAAUUUUUUCAACAAUGGGCAUUCUUCACUUCAUUGCAUUUUCACUUGAUGUAACAAAAGCAUGUUGAAAGACUCUGUGGGCUGUCAUUUAUAAUGAGUAAUGUAAUGACCAACGUAAACUAUUGUAUUAUUCUAUAAUACUGUACAAAGAGUGAAAAGUAUUUAGUUUCCCUUUUUUUAGUAAAAAGUUCAGUUCAUGCUUUUGUUCAAAUAUUUCAAGUUUCAGGUGUAUGUACAUGUACAGUAAAUGUACAUCUAAUUUGAACUAAGUUA